AUGGGGCGAGGCACUCCAGCUGACAUUAAUAGCACUGCUGUAAGUUGCUAGUAAAAUCUCUUGUCGUCAUCAAAGCUAAAAGACAUGUAGUCCGAGAAUGCUCAGGAAACCGUGGAUUCUUCGAAACCUGCUUCUGCGAACACUUUCCCAACUGAUACUGAGAACGAAGAGCACAUCAAUACGUUUGUCAAGGAGUCUAUGGAUGCUUCACUGAUUGUUGCCACCAGCGGUAAUAUCGAGAUGACCAGCAGUAAGGCGGUUUAUAUAGAGAAAGUUGGAAAUUAA